AUGGCCUGCUGCUCCACCAGCUUCUGCGGAUUCCCCAGCUGCUCCACCAGUGGGAACUGUGGCGCCAGCUGCUGCCGCCCCAACUGCUGCCAGACCGGCUGCUGCCAGCCCAGCGGCUGCCAGGAUAGCUGCUCCCAGCCCAGCUGCUGCCAGACCAGCUGCUGCCARCCCAGCUGCUGCCAGACCAGCUGCUGUCAGCCCAGCUGCUGCCAGACCAGCUGCUGUCAGCCYAGCUGCUGCCAGACUAGCUGCUGUGGAUCUGGCUGUGGCUCUGGCUGUGGCUCUGGGAGYGGAAUUGGAGGUGGCCAGGGUGGAGCCAUGAGCUACCGCAUCAGGUGGUGCCGCCCAGACUGCCGCGUGGAGGGCACCUUCCUGCCACCCUGCUGCGUGGCGAGCUGCACACCCCCCACCUGCUGCCAGCUGCACCAUGCCCAGGCCUCCUGCUGCCGCCCAUCCUACUGUGGACAGUCCUGCUGCCGUCCAGCCUGCUGCUGCUACAGCUGCCCACCACCCUCUUGCUGUGAGCCCACCUGUUAA